CUCUCUUCCCCCCUCCAGUCCCCUCCUCCUCGGAAGUAGACGCAUCAGUCUAUUCCGUUCUUUUAUUUUUAUAUAUUUUUUAACAACAACAACCCCUUUUCUCCCCAUCACGAAGCACCAUGGACGCCAAGAUGGACGAAUAAACCGAAGAAGGGUCCCCGAUUUCACCCCUAAUAUUAAUCCUGGGACUGAGUGGACCGGAUGAAAUCCAACUGUGCUGUUCUCCGCUCUGCAGGGGAGGUAGCUGUAUCCAGUGGGGAGGUAGGCUCAACCAGGGGAAAGAAUGAAGUUCUUCGAACCCUGGGGACGCCAGAGGCUGUCUUUUCUUCUGGAAAAGGCCGCCUCUAGGGAAGCCAAGAUGUGGAAGGUCUACGUGCCAAAGAAGCCCUCACAGGAUACAGACGUCUCCCCUGCCCAGCGGGAUGAGGCCGUGCGCUGGUUGACGGAGCUCCACAGCAAACUGCAGCUAUACCCAGAGACCCUGGUGUUAGCUGUUAGCAUCCUGGACCGCUUCCUCGCUUCCAUCAAGGCCCGUCCAAAGUACCUGCGCUGCAUCGCCAUCGCAUGCUUCUUCCUGGCUGCUAAGACCUGUGAGGAGGAUGAGCGCGUGCCCUCUCUGAAAGAGCUGGUCGCCUCCAGCGGUUGUGGCUGUUCACCGUCAGAGAUCCUGAGGAUGGAGAGGAUCAUCCUGGACAAACUGAACUGGGAUCUGCACACCGCCACAGCACUGGACUUCCUUCACAUCUUCCAUGCGAUGGUAUUGUCGUGCCGUUCCGGGUUUCUGGACUCCAUGUUGGGACUGAACCGCUCUCAGCACCUCACCCUGCUCACACGGCGACUCUACCACUGUCUGGCCGACCACACGCUCACACAGCUCAGAGGAUCCAUGCUGGCCUUGGCCCUCAUCACCCUGGAGCUGGAGACCUGUUGCCCUGACUGGCUGGCUCUUACCAUUGACCUGCUGAGGAAGGCACAGAUCGACAGCUCUGAGUUGAUUCGGAGUCGAGAGCUGGUGGCUCGUAGUCUGUCCACACCGAGAGCUUCCCUGCCUCCAAACACUGUCUACAUCUACCAACCCCUUCAGAGCCAACCCAUCCUGCAGCCUCCGGCCCAGGACCCCACACUCCCCCGCUGCACACUGGGGAUCAUCACCUCCAACAGCGAGUCUUCCAGGGACCAUGCCUUCGUCACCGCCGCUCCUGCCCAGCUACAGGCACCUGCUGAUGGGGAGGAGGGGAGCCGGCAGCCCUGGAGCUCCAUCUCCUCCUCCACCAACAGCAGCGUCCCAGUUCUGCUCUCUCCACCCAAACACCUUCGCCAUCCUAACCACCUGCAGAAGGUCACACUGCGCUGCAAGUCAUCCUCCAAGCGCAAGGUGGAGGAGAUGGAGGUGGACGACUUCUACGAUGCCAUCAAACGCCUCUACAACGAAGAUGGCACCACCACCGCUGCUGUCCAGGAGGGGGCAGCACCUACACCUUCAAUGGGGGCCAUAACUACAGGUGGAGGAGGAGGAGGAGGAGGUCUGGGUGUCUGCAGUGUCCUGUUGUCCCGACAGGAAGGCAGCUCUUCCCCCUGCCCGCCUCUGCAGCCAGUCAGUGCCUCCUAGAGACCAAACAGCAACCUGUUUACCAAAACCACCUUCACACCGACAUCAUCUCUCACUUUCAAAUGAAUACUCCUCAAUCAGUGAUGGGCAACUCCCUCAGCAAUAGGCAACAACGAUUUUAUUCAGUGUUCCCAUUUGCAUAAACAAAGCAAUGUAAAGGCAGCUCCUGGGGGAGAUGUUGCCCAUCAGAGUCCUUUACAAGGCUGCUUUUGAUGAAACGUACAGUAAAAGAAGAAAAUCUCGAUCUUCUCAUCUAAAUAAAGCAGCGACUCAGAUGAUUUCAGCGGUGAAGAUGGUUUUGGUUUCAGUGCAAAAACGACCCCAACGUGACCCCGAGCUGUUCAGCGGUCCUCAGAUCAGUUCCCAUCAUCCCCUGCAACAGGAAAACGGAGCCCAAAAAAAAUUCAAAAAACAAAAAAACGUGCUGCUGCUACUAUCUUAUUAAUUAUAUUUGUUGAACACAAAUACAAUAUUACAAAAGGUUUAAAAAAAAAUUAUAAAUAGAAAAGUUACCUUAAAAAAAAAUUUACUUUUCAAUCCCCGUGUCUCUCUCUCUCUCUCUCUCUCUCUCUCUGUCUGGAAGAAACAUCGUCAUUGUUUGUCAACUUAUAUUCGUUGUUCACAUCUUAAACUCUUCUCUCAUUUCAUAUAUUUAUGUUUUUAUCCUAUCUUCUUCCCUGUCCCUCCUCACUCUGCAUGUUUCCUUCUCUUUCAUAGAGUCUAAAUUAAAUGUCUAGAUGAAUCUCUGUGUUACUCACCCUGAUAGAAAAAAAGUUUUUUUUAGUGAAGUGCAAUUUGAUUGUUAAUAAGAUGCUAAUAUAAAUAUCCCUCCUAUGAAUCCUCUGUUUUUCCCCUCCCCUCUCAGCUUGUUGUGACGGCUUGACUGAAUGAACGUUACUCAGGUUGUUUUAUUCACCCACAAACUAAAAAAGCGACACCAAGAGAUGUCGAUUAUUUCCUAGUAACGCACAUGCGCUGAUCUAAAACCUUAAAAGAGUCUUGGUCGUGAGAACUUUCUAACGGAAACUUCCAGGCCAGAGAGAAUUGAAGUUCUAGUUUAUAUAUUCAGAUGUAAUAAAACAACCUUGAGGUAUUUAAAGCAUUUAAUAUUAAGCUAAGAUACAGAAAUGUGGUUUUGGAGUUGGUGUUUAAAGCUUCAGAAGGAAAAAGUGACACUUUGAUGUUCAAAAAAAAAAACCCCCGCUAAAACAACAUGCUCUGUUUUCAUCUCUUGAAGUUCUGUUUAAUAUAUUUUUAUUCCUGCAAAAAGCUCUGUUGAUCCUGCUGUAGGAGCUGCUGGUGGCUGCUCUGGGUCCCUGAAUGCACCGCAGCACCAAUAAAUGAAGAGAUAACUAAA